AACCUUCGGUUCUACCGCAACGAGAUCCCCUCCUCUCCCCAUGGCGCCUUGAUCGAAGUGAUCCUGAACGAAUGGAAGGACGACAUGCGGCUGCUAGAGACCCACCAUGGUUACGUGCAGUGGUUGUUCCCCAUCCACGAGGAGGGGAUGAACGCCAACGCGCAGGUCCUGCAGGUGCACGAGGCAGAGAGGAUGAAGGCGGACCCUCAGAUCCGAGAGAGGAUGAAGCGCUCUUACGCCAUGAUGAUGCGCUUCUACGGGGCUGAUGUCGUGAACUUUGUGACCGGAGAGCUCAGGAGGAGCGAGAACUUCAGAGAGCGAUUGAACAACCUGAAUCAGAGGGCUCACAACUGGCUGCGAGUCUCAAGAGUCCUCAAGUGGCUAGGAGAGGUUGGCUUCGAGCACUACAAGCUGCCUCUUGUCUUCUUCCUAGCGUACGAGACGCUGGACUCCAAGCUCUUGUCAAGGUGCUCGGACUCCCUCGUCGACUUCUGGAUCGGAACCCUGCGGCGAGACGGGGAGCUC